AUGCAAGUCCACUCUCUGAAAUGCUUACUUUCUGUCACUAGUCUGCAAAAAAACCCACAAAAACCAAAAACAUCUGCGCAUCUACAAUCAAACCAGGAGCGCUGCAGCAUGGGACUCAGCUGCUUCAAGUCCUGGAAGAAUGACAGUACAGGCCACAAAGGUAACAGAGAUGUGUUGGCCAGCCCUGGCUCCUAUUUCUUUUUAUCCAACAGCGCUGGUCAGGGUGACGAGUGGCUGAAGAGCCUUAACAAGGGAGUCUGGAUCCCUUUCACAGGGGUCUUCGGUCAGCGCCUGGAGGAAACGGUGCUGUAUGAGCGACGUUACGGGGUGCGCUUGGUUCCUCUUGUGGUGGAGCAAUGUGUGACCUUCAUCCGAGAGCGAGGCCUGCAUGAAGUGGGCUUGUUUCGCCAGCCUGGACGGGCCAGUUUAGUCAAAGAGCUGCAGGAGGCUUUUGAUUCAGGAGAGAGACCAUCCUUCGACAGUAGCACAGACGUCCACACGGUGGCAUCACUGCUGAAGCUCUACCUCAGACAGCUGCCUGAACCUCUGGUUCCUUAUAGCCACUACCAGGACUUCCUGUUCUGUGGCCAAAAGCUGUCAAGUGACCGCACACUGGGUUUGGGGGAGUUGAGAAAUCUUCUUCACGAAUUACCAGUUGCAAACUUCAACUUGCUCAACUUUAUCUGCCAGUUUCUGAAUGAGGUCCAGAGUUACUCCUGCACUAACAAGAUGAGCAUCCAGAAUUUGGCAACUGUGUUUGGGCCAAACAUCCUCCGAGCCAAAGCUGAAGACCCACAAAGCAUCGUGGGAGGUGCAGCUCUGGUCCAGGUGCUGAUGUUAGAGCUGAUCAGAGAACAUGAAUCUCUGUUUGCAAAAGUCCCCCCGCCCAUCUAUGCCCGCCCACUUGGAAGUUCACAUGCAUCUCCAAGUGUUCUGAAACAGCCCCAUCUCCACCCGUUGCCCUGCCUUCGCCAGCUUUCUCUGCCUCUCAUAGCAGAUCACUUUAGAGAAACAGGACAGCCUGCUGCAGAAGCAGAGGACUCCAGCUGUGCCUUCUCUGCUGCUGCCAAAUCCGACUUGUCUUGUGGUCAGAAAAGACAACUUGGACAUCGCUACACCUCCUCUCACCCAGAGAACUGCUUCUACCCCAUGCCGUCCAAUCAGCCCAUUCAACACCACUCUGACAGACAUAACAUAGAUUGUCACCAGCAUAACACUCACCAGGUACCACCCACUGCAAAUGUUCAAGCCUCUGAAACCAGCUUCCAGGUGCCAGACAACUCUAAGUCCAGACCAGAGCUCAUAGGCUGGACCAAAGUUUGGCCAGGCCCAAGAGAGGUCAGCUCUGCUUUCUGGAGCACUAGUGGUGCAGAUGAAGAGGGUGCAGUACCAGAACCAGCCAGUGUGGGCAGCAGUGAGGCUCAGGAGGAGAGCACCCCUUCUGCCUACGAUAACCUGAACAGAGCACCCCUACAUAAACCGAUGAUGGAGGUCAAUGAUGGGCAUUUUGAAACCAACUCUCCAGGAAGCCAUAUUGGAACUUGUGAAGAAGAGGGGGAGUUUGAAGAGGUGGGUCACACAAGAGAUUCCUCUUCAUGGUCUUCCUGUGAGGUUCUACCACUGGAUGAAAGCAAUGAUGAUGUUGGGGCGGUUAUUCCAGUAAGAGAUGGAAGGUUGGCUUCACAUCAGGAAGCAGAAAAGGCAAACAGUAAUAAAGAUGAUCAUGAAGACAGCAACAGUGACGAUGAGGACUACCACAUCCACCACCCUAACUCCCCAGCCUCUGGUUCUGUAUGUACUGGCAGCCCCCUCAGUACAGGCAGUUCAGAUGUCUUCCUCCCUUCUGGGCCUCCUGAUCUCCAGGGGGCUGAAGAUCAGUUACAAACCCAGGACACCCACUCACUCCUGGCUGAGCUGCGGCAAAAGAUGGCCCAGCAGAAGGUUGAGUACCAGGCUAGGAUUCAGAGGUUGGAGCGCUGUAAUGACGUCCUUGAGCGGCAGGUUGCAGUCCUGCGGGCCAGUCUGGAGCAGCAGAAGCGCAGCCAAAGUGUUGCCGAAAUCAAGAUUCGCGACAUAGAGCGAGCUAAAGCCGACGCCAACCGUCGAAACAGCAAGCUGCAAAGAGAGAUGGAGCUGUUCUUCCAAAUGUAUGGAGAGAUCAGGAGAAGGGGAGGAGACAAAGGAGGGAGAGGAGGAGGGAGCAUCUGAAGAUGUGUUUUUGACAGAUGUGGAUAAGGCUGGA